AUGAAGCGCAAUGGAAACAUCACUAGCUUCUUCAAGCCGUUCGCUGAGCCCAGCAAUCAUCGCGCGCUAUCAGAAGAGCGCCGUGACCGCGGCCCGUCGUUUCCGUCACUCAGCGUGCUAGAUUCCAGCAAACGAUCGCGCUUGCCAUCCAGCGACCAUGUGAAGGACCGUCCUGCGUCGCCGUCUGCGCCGAGCCGAGACAUUUUGUCGCCUACGCCGCCAUCCGAAAUCAAGCCCACACACGCAUCCCGUUCGUCUCAGUCUCUGCCUGUUGCUUCGUCACCGCCAGAUGGGGAGGGGGCAACAAGCCGGUGGGUUGGCGGAGCAGAACCUAGUUCCUCUUUCAUCUCAUCCUGUUCGUCGCUCCCGGCCCCUCAACCAUCGCAGUCUUCCACCGCAAGCAAGCGCAUAGUGAAGGACGGAUUGAUGAUUGUGCGGACUUCAGACAGUGAGGAGGACUCAGACUCGGGCUCGGACCUGGAGGACUUGAGCACGAUACUCAACAAGAAGCGGCGCGCGCAAGCUCCGCCCGGAGAAUCAAGACCCGCAAUGAAGGUGAAAGAAGCCAAAGCCACACCCGCAAAAUACGGCUUGCGCUCUUACUUCAAACCCCCACCACCCAAAAGAGAGUUUCGGUCUAUAAUAGCUCCACGUAAGGAGUACAGAAUCAACCUGUCGGAUCUGGUGGCAGCGAAGCAGAGAGGUUUGAAUGCCGAGGCAAGGGUUCUCGAGGCCCAGAGGAAGGCCGAAGAGGCGGAAAGAGCGGAGAAUGAGUGCAAGGAGAGCAGCAGACUCACAAGAGAAGGCCUCAGCACGGCUCUGGGGGACGACGAGGAUGCGCAAAGGACGUUGGAUGCGCUAGAACGGACCGAGGCGCUGGAGACCAGUCAAGUCUGGCAAUUCUUCAUGGCGAAUGGCCACCAGAAAGCUGCCCGGACCACACCAAAGUUUCCGGCUCAAAGUUUGUCAAAAGAAGGCUGGCACAGAAUACUGAUUGAACCCUCCACCCGCAAUGCGGUGUUUAUUUCGGGGAUUGUAAAGAAUCGGGUCUAUGAAGAAGCUCUGCCUGACGAGGUUAUGCUGUGGAUGAUCGAGGAGCUCUGCCAAAAUCGGAAGGAAGAGCUCACAAGCGCAUAUCUCGAUGUCUUAGAUGCUUCCGCACCCCAGUUACGAAAGCUUCUUGACAAACAAACUAUCUCUAGCCUCUUUGCAAAACUUGGUGCAAGGAAAGAAGCAAUAACUAUGGAGUCCGAACAGCCUGCGAUAUUACCUGCCGAAGUGUCCGCUCACGACCCAAGGAUCUCUCUCCACAAUGGCAUUCGACCGCUGCUUGAAUUGCUGAGGAGAGCAGCGCCCAAUAUUCAAAGUGAGGCGGUACAAUAUGUGCUGGCGGUCCUAAUCCGGCUUAGUUUCGAUGACAGCGUACGUCAAGAUGGAUACACCCAAACCCAAUGCCAGGAGGCCAUUGCGGCAAUGUUGCGUACACCUUCAGCUCAAUAUGAGUGUGGAACCUUACAGCACGUUUCGCAAUCUUUGUUCAACAAUUUUAGAAAUCAUGGGCCCAAAGAUGACAGAUUUAUCAAUCACGGCCUACAAGCUCAGCUGGUCCAGUCCCUCCCUUUCGGGACACAAUGCGAGGCUGCAUUCCAACGCAGGCUCGCCCUCGCUUUCUUUCUCGACAGUCCCAAGCCCCUGACUCUCGCCCUCACCGCCCCCGGCAUCCUCCCCGCCGUCCUCCAAUCUCUCUCCCACAAUCCGCUUUACCGUUUCGGUCGAAGCACUGACUACGCCGACGUCACCGCCGCUUUCACUCUCCUCGACACCGCUGUCGAUAAUGGCUUCUCGAACCGGGCUUUCACGCAGACCCUCCGCAGCCUCGACCGCCGAGCCCGGGACGCCGCUUCGCGGCAGCUGCGCGAUGCGGCCCGAGCCACCGAGGACGAAUUCAACCUGGGCAUCGACGCCCUCACCGCCACCAUCCGUCGCAUCAUGGGCCAGAUCCGCGGAUCGGGGACGGACAGCGUCCGCAUGAGCGAAGCCAAGGGCGCCAUGGAGAGGCUCGUCUACCGGCUCGAAUCCAGCGUACGCACCCGGGAGAAGAGCAGUAAGGACAUCUUCGCCGACGGCGUCGGACGAAGCGCAGGCCUCCUUGAAUCGUGGGUGGAGGCGGGAGGCGGCAGCAACGGCGGUGGUGGCAUCGAGGAAGUCAACGGCAAUGCGCCCAAGAAGGAAGAGGACGGCGGCGUCAAGGGCGAGCCAGACGACGAGCGUGCAGACCAGGUCGCGCCCGAAGUGGACCAGGAUGUUAAAGUCGUCGACGACGACGUCGGCGGCGACGUCAAGCAGGAAGCCGACGGGACUUAG